UUCACACAAAAGGUGAUGUGGGCAACUCAAUGAAUAUAUUGCGGUCUGUUGAACGAUCGCGACCCAGAAGAUCCAUAAACAUACAGAAGUUAAGGUGGUAUUGUAAGCUCGAACUGGUAACUCGUCAUUUUAUCACUCUAAGGGUAAGUUAUAUAUAAUCGCACCAUAAGAACAUUCCUUAAGCCACAAAGUUUAGGAACACUAUGUCGAAUUUUUUCUUCGAAAAAAAUAAACGUUAAAAUGUGACAAAUAUUUUAAAAUUAAAAAGGAACUAUAUUUUGACCACAAAUCUGAGCCACAAGUCAAUGGAAAACGAAACAUUUGUUUUAACUAUAACUUUUUAAAGCCAUAACUGUUUCUUUCUUUUUGACAGCAUUAUUGUUGCCCUUCAAAAAUCGUUUUUACCAAAAAUGUUUUCCCCCCCCGAUGAAAAUCGUAAGCUUUGAUAUCUAGACUUUUACACUUUGAAAGCGAUUGUGAAUCUUGUUCCUCCUCUGAGCAUGAAAACGACUCUCUUCAGAAUUGUUUAAAGAUGGACUUAUAUCAACCCUUUAAAGUCUUAUCAACGCCCGCCAUGUAAAACGACUAUUGAUAACUUUCUGAGAAUACCAGCUCAAACAGCCGAAAUUGAUUGAAGAAACUUCCACGUAGCUUAUUUUGUGUGUUAACAACGUUUGCUAUGACUUUGAUAGCAACUCCUUGAUCGAUGAGAAAGAUAAGAGGCAGCACGAGUGAGCUUGCUUAAAAAAAAAAAGGCGUUUGAUUUCUUCAUGUAAAAUAUUUUAACUUGCUGAACAGAGGACAAUAUAAGAAUUUUUUUUUUUCAUUUUGCUUUCAAAUAAAAGAGUUAUUUUCCUCUAGAAUUGGAAUAGGAACUUAAUAUUUGAUCCCAGCGGAAAAAUAAUUUCAAGCUGUUAUAAAGGCGUCUGUUUUACCGAGGUUGUUUUCGAAACUUGGGUGUUAUGCCCAUGUCAAAACUAAAAGAAAGAAAAUUCAUUUCGAAAAGGGUCAGUUAGGCGUCUAGCAUGUCCAUGAUGGCUCGGAGAUCAAAUCAUAAAAUACAUCUGUUAAUUUUUUAAUCUCGUUCUGAGAAACAUGGGUGUUAUAACGUUUUAUUUUGGAAAAACACUUCGAAACUUCGAGAAGUUUUUGGUCUCCUUAAUAAAAUAUUUAUGUCCCGUAUGUUUUCGCUCGCGUCAGAGAAUCGGCACUUGGCAUCUGGUCUAUUCAGCUGGCUGUACAAGGCAAUAAUUCUUCCAAUUUAUGUUAAAUCUUCUAUGUUGUAGAAUUAAUGAACCUCCAACGGAAAGAUGAGGCGUAUUAUCUUGGCUCCACCCUCAGAGACAUAAAAAUUUAUUGUGAAAAGUGAAAAAAAAUUCCCGUGAUAGAGCUUAAACUUUUUAUCCGAGGACAGAAUCUUUAGCUGUGAUUCCCUCAGGCGGGAAGGGUCAAAGGUUUGCGUUAGUUAUGUCUAUUUCCAAAAAGAAAUUAAAGUAAGAAACUUAUUUUCCACCAGCUUCAAACAUGAUUGAUUUUGCUAGUAUUUUCACUUAUAGGAAAUGAGUCAUGCAUAAAUUGUCUGAAGUUAUAAUUUGAGUUUUUUUCAACAAUGAAGUACAAGAAUAUUACAUCAUAACAAUACAAAAGGUGACACAGGGUUUUGUUGAUUUUUUUUUGACAUUUUAUGCAUUUAGCCAAUAGAACAGGAGGAAAACUUUCUAGCUUCAAAAACAAUUCAGUAUUGCUUGGGUUUUGUUCGGAGAAUGUUUUUCCAAUUCUGUCAAAUAUUCAAUUUUUGCUAAAAUAUGAUUCAUCUUCUGGUGUUCUGUCUGGUAUGUGCAAGGUUGAUUUGCAAAUAUUUUUUUUAAAUUUGUUGACAGAAAAAUCUUUAAUUGAAACAUCAAAAACAUUUUGUACCGAAACCUGCGGUCAAAGCUGAGUUCAAAAGAUAGCUUACAAAACCUUGAGUUUACCAGUUUGUUUUACGUCAAAGAGAUCAAGAAGCUUUGCUACUUUACCGAAGCCAAAAAGGCUUUAAUUCAACUAUAAAUUAGCUUUACUACAGCAUUGCAAUGUUUGGCUUUAGAGUUUGGUGACAGGUUUAACUUGGUUUCUUAUUCAUCAGAUUUUUUAAGCGUGUAAUAUCAAAUGUUUGUGCCAUACUUCGAAGUUUCUUUCUUUUCCCUCCUCCUUCCCUCUCUUCCACUUACUUGACUAAGUCUGGAUUUAGUUGUGUGCACUUUGAUAGUUUGGCUGACGGCCAGUAGCUUGAAAUAAUCAUUGAAAUAAUCUUUGUGGUAUCUUACAGAAACACGUCGGCUACGAGUAAUCAAGAUGUCAGUAUCAAAUACUUUCAUACUAGCAGUGUUUUGCUGUCAUCUCUUGCUUGUUCAUGCAAAAGCGCUGGAAGACAGCACAAAGGAAGCUGCUGACGAGAAUGAUGUCCCUGCUUUUGCCGAAGGAAAAUUUACGAGAUCCUUGGAGAAUGAUCCACAAUACUGGAAAGGACGUUUUUCUGACAUUGUGGGUGAAUUAAGCGAUCCUCAGUAUUGGAAGGGCCGGUUUAGUCAUGACCAAUACUGGCGAGGUCGUUUCGCAGAUACUGGAUCUGAAAUGGAUAAGAGAGAGCCUCAGUAUUGGAAGGGCCGAUUCAAUAGAGGAGAGGAGGAACAACAGCUGCGGUCUGCAGUCCCCGGACGGUUUGGAAGAAAUUUCCAAGGUCGCUUUGGAAGGAAUUUCCAAGGCCGUUUUGGGAGAAAUUUUCAAGGCCGUUUCGGACGUGAAUUGCAGGGUCGUUUCGGUCGAGAUGAAAUACAGGGACGAUUUGGCAGAGAGGAUCUCCAAGGUCGCUUUGGACGGGAAGACAUGCAGGGCCGUUUUGGCAGAGAAGAGGAAGACCAGGGUCGUUUCGGACGUGACUUCAUUCAGGGCCGUUUUGGACGAGAAGACCAAGGUCGCUUCGGACGGGAAGAUGACCAAGGCCGUUUUGGUCGCGAUUCCAUCCAGGGCCGAUUUGGACGCGAAGAACUUGACCAAGGGCGAUUUGGACGCGAAGAACUUGACCAAGGGCGAUUUGGACGUGACGAAAUUGUUGAGGAUGAAGAUCAAGGACGAUUUGGUCGCGAGGAGGACAGCGAUGAUCUCCUUGUAAAGUUAGAGAAUAAACUGGAGGAAGACCACGAUGCCAAACGUGAAGUUGCAAGCAGUCUAGACGAAUCCAAGGAUGAAACCUCGGAGUCUUAA